UGAUCUUGGAGGCGGAACUGUAUAAAAAAAAAAAAGAAAGCAAGUAAUAUCGGACUUGGAGAAAAAAUUAUCUAGUGUAAAAGAAUAGUAUACUAUUUGGAAAGAGUUGGUGUAUUGGAAGAACAUCGCAGAAAGCAUAACUCGAAAGAAUGAACCGAAUGCCAGCACAUAUAAUUUUAGCCGUAGGUUGCUUCUUUGCAGUCGGCCACAAUCUCUCUAACGGCCUUGACACAUACCGAGAACUGAAUUUGCAGCGUACUUCAAAAUACCUAAACCAAGAACCUUCUACACAAAAUAUUGCAAAUAGAUAUGAACAUGAUUCCUUGAUACUUAGCAAUAUCACAUUGUCCUUUGAGGAACAAGACGCAAAACGCAUGAAAAAAUCUCCGAAGACCAUGAAAGAAACAGGUUCAACAAAAGUCAUCUACGGUUUUAUCGGGAAAUCUGUAGAACUGAACUGCACAGCCGGGCCUUUCUGUGAUCAACUUACAGCACUUGUUUGGACGAAGGAAGACCAAAGUCAAAAUCCAAUCCACAGAUUGGUUUUUUCAUAUUCCUUUCAUCCUAAAUUACCUAGCUUAAUCGGAGAGAAAUAUCGCGAGAGAAUAGACUUUGCUUUCAGUAAUUAUUAUGCACGUCUGAAAUUACAUCACUUAACAGCUAAGGAUGAAGGCAUUUAUACCUGCGAAUUCUAUUCGUUGGUGAAUCCUCAGAAUUGUAGUUAUUUCUCUCCUUUUGUCAAGCUAUACGUCCUGAAGCCAGGCCAGAAGAUACCUUUUCGAGAAGAAUCUGAAAUAUUAACGAAAAACGAAUUUUCGAAAAAAAAUUUAGUUGAAAAAAUGGCGAGUUCCUCACCCAGAAGAUUUCUGUUUUGGAAUAUCAUGUUCAAUAUUUCAACAAUUGCACUAUUCGUAUUGCUACAAACUUCGCUGUUCAAAUAGUUCUUUUACGAAAUAAAAUAUGUUUAAGAAUUAUACAUAAAUAAUUUGAAACUUUGUAA